AUGCCUUUAGAAUCAGAUAAGGAUUUUACUUCAAUUAAGCCGCCGCCAAUUUUCGAUGAUCUUAAUGAGCAUGUGAAGGAAUAUUUAUUGAAACCUGAAAGAUUAUCUAUACACCAAUGGGAGAGAUCACAGAAUCAUUGGCAUCGAACACCCGAUAUUGACUCGUUAUUCAAAAUUGAUGAUGAUGAUAUUGGACUCGAUACUACGCUAGAGGUAGUCAGAGAUUUUUUAACUGGUGAAAUAAUUGGUCUAGAAGAAGUGAGCAUUCCAGUUGAAGAUGAUGAAGACAGCCUGUCAAUGUCAAGAACUCCAUUGCCUCCUAGUUUGGCAACAAGAGGAACAAUCACACAGAAUCCCUUCCUACCUGCUGGUUUUGAAGAAGAGCUUGAAAAAAUGCUGGAAGAAGCAUCUAGAACUAGUGAAGUUGUGGUUAAUAUUGACAGUCAUGAACCAGGCAAAUUUUUGGGUGAAGACAUCUUGUGUUCACCACCUGGUCGUAAGGAAAUCGUGAUGUUUGCUAGCGAUGGUGUAACAUUGCUGGACCAAACAAGUGAGAGUUCUAAAGAGGAAGAAAAAGUUGAAGAUAUACAGAUAAAUAUCAAUUUGGAAGAAGUAGUUAACAACAAUGCUCAUUUAGUAGGGCUCUGGCAAGAUGAUGAUGAAGUGAAGCAAGAACCUAAACCCAAAAAAGUAGACCUUGAAGUUGAAAGUUAUGCAGAAGACGACAAUUUCCUUGAAAGCACAAUUAUUAAACCACCAGUAGCGUUACCAGAAAUCCCUGUUUUAAAUAUUACAAACCCUACAAUAAGACCAGGCGUAACAUCUACGGAAUGGGCUGAAAUGAUAGACGUUUCUCAACCAGUGCCCGAGUUUAAGGAGAAAAUAAAAGAUUUGGCCCAUGCUUAUCCUUUUGAAUUGGAUAACUUUCAGAAACAGGCAAUAUUGAAGUUAGAAGAAGGGCAUCAUGUCUUUGUAGCAGCUCAUACAUCGGCCGGAAAAACGGUAGUUGCGGAAUAUGCUAUCGCUAUGUCCAGAAGGAACUGUACGAGAGCAAUCUACACAUCGCCGAUUAAAGCUCUAUCCAACCAGAAGUACAAUGAUUUCAACAAGAUGUUUGGCGAGGUGGGGCUUCUGACCGGGGAUCUACAGAUUAACGCCACCGCUUCCUGCCUCGUUAUGACCACAGAGAUCUUGCGCUCUAUGCUCUAUUGCGGAUCUGACGUCACAAGGGAUCUUGAAUUUGUCAUUUUCGAUGAGGUCCAUUAUAUCAAUAAUGCUGAGCGUGGUUACGUAUGGGAAGAGGUACUAAUACUGCUUCCGGCACAUGUUAGUAUCGUGAUGCUAAGCGCAACUGUACCCAACACGUUACAAUUCGCCGAUUGGGUUGGUCGUACUAAAAAACGCAAGGUCUACGUUGUUUCGACACCUAAACGACCAGUACCAUUAUGCCAUUAUUUAUAUACAGGAUCAGGAGGAAAGUCGAAGCACGAGCGGUUUUUGGUCGUGGACCAAGAAGGAAAGUUCCAGUUAAGAGGGUAUAAUGAAGCAGUUGCCGCUAAGAAGUCACGCGAAAACGAAUAUAAAAAAAGCUUCGGCCCAAAGGGCGGCAAACAGUUCGGCAAUCCAAAAGCAGAACAAACGAUGUGGGUGGCUCUGAUUGACCAUUUGCGUUCUAGUGAUAAGCUGCCUGUUGUUGCAUUUACUUUGUCCCGUAACAGGUGUGAUCAUAACGCAGAGAAUUUGAUGUCUGUAGAUCUGACGACCGCGAAGGAGAAAGGUCAUAUUCGGUCUUUCUUCCAGAGAUGUCUCCAAAGGCUCAAGGAGCCAGAUAGGAAGUUGCCACAGGUCAUUCGACUUCAAAGAGUCCUUGAAAACGGAAUUGGAGUGCACCACAGCGGUAUAUUGCCGCUAUUGAAGGAAAUUGUGGAAAUGUUGUUCCAAUCUGGCUAUGUAAAAAUCCUUUUCGCGACGGAGACGUUUGCUAUGGGCGUGAACAUGCCGGCUAGAACUGUAAUAUUUGAUGACGUCACUAAGUUCGAUGGACUUCAAUCACGAAGUUUAGUUCCCGCUGAGUAUAUUCAGAUGGCGGGACGAGCUGGAAGACGAGGUUUGGAUGAUACGGGUACUGUGAUAAUAUUGUGUAAAGAUGGCGUACCUGAUCAAAUGACUCUUAAGGAAAUGAUGCUUGGCACCCCGCAGAAACUGUCAUCGCAGUUCAGACUGACAUAUGCUAUGAUUUUGAGCUUACUUCGAGUGGCAACUGUGUCCGUAGAAGGUAUGAUGCAGCGGUCUUUCCGGGAGUUGCACCAGAUCCUUCAAGCGGAUACCAACAAGAAACUACUACAGCAGGCUGAAAAAGAAUAUUCUGAGAAGUGUAGCACCCCACUGCCUUCGCAUUUAGCACCUCUAGCCUCUUUUUAUGACACCUGCGUGGCAUAUAUUGAGGUUUUAAAUGAAAUAAUGCCUCUGUUACUGACCCAGCCAAAAGUUAGCAAGGAAUUUGUUCAGGGGAGAAUAUUGUUGGUGUCAGCUGGGCCGUAUAUAAAUCAACUUUGUAUCUAUUUGAAUAGUAGCGGGCCCCGCCAAACACCGUACAAGGUAUUAGUGCUAAACACAGUGGAAGAAGACACAAACCGCUAUAACUUCGACCUGGACGAAGCCUGGUACCGCAUCUUAAGUUUCUCCGCUAUGUAUGAUCAUAUUGGGACUGAGAGGAGCACGCAAGACCACGCGAUUCUGUGCAUCGCACCAAAGAAUGUCAUCGCUGUAACCAAGACGUGCCUGAAAAUUGACUCCAGCAUCAUAAUUCAGGAUUGGGAGAAACGCCAAAUGCCCAGGUUUAAAGACGCACCAGUGGGAGCUAGUUGCGCGAGCGCAGUUCAGGAACUGUCCCGACUGAGUCAUGCAGCGCGUACUGGUGUCAGUGCGUUGGAACAUAUUAGUCUAACACAAUCGCUCAAUAUUUCCACCGGGGAACUGCUGCAGGCCCUUGAUAGGAUGAAUAAACUUAAGGCUGAAAUUGAGACUCAGAAGAAAAGCACAGCAAUAGCUAACUUUAAGAACGAAUUUGCUACAGUGUACGAGAGGAAGCAAGCUGAAAGCAAGCGCGAUAAAUACAAGAGGCUUCUAUCGUUUGAGAGUUUAGCUCUUUACCCGGACUACCAAGGUCGACUUCUAGUACUCCGUGAACUGAAUUAUAUAGAUGAACACGACAGCGUCAUACUAAAAGGACGAGUCGCAUGCUGCAUGGGAACUAAUGAAUUAAUUCUCUCCGAAUUAGUCUUUAGGAAUGUCUUCACAGACAAAAAUCCAGCUGAAAUUGCAGCGCUACUAAGCUGUUUUGUGUUUCAAGCUAAAACUCACGUGGAUCAAGUACUAACGGAUAAAUUGCAACAGGGCGUUAAAGCCAUUGAGGGAAUCGAAGAUGAGCUAUCGUCGAUCGAAGCUAAAUAUGGGGUAUCCCAACUGGAAGGGCAACAGGAGCGUCUGAAUUUUGGACUCGUCCGUGUGGUUUAUGAGUGGGCACUGGAAAAACCUUUCGCUGAAAUUAUGGAUCUGACUGAUGUACAGGAGGGAAUUAUUGUCAGAUGCAUACAACAGUUGCAUGAACUCCUAGUGGAUGUAAAAGACGCAGCGGUUGCCAUCGGUGAUCCAAAGCUCCAAGCGAAGAUGAUGGAAGCCUCUACAGCUAUCAAGAGGGAUAUUGUAUUUGCAGCUAGCUUGUACACAACACAGCGAGAAAGUACUAGCUCAUAA